CACUCACGACUUCUACUUCUAACAAGCGUCAAGGCAAGGCAUUUCUUACUUGCAGUUGAAUUCCAAGGUCAUGUAUUUGUCACGUCUUUUGAUGCCUUGGGAUUUCUUUCUUUUUCUCCUGAUUAACUUUUUUAGUGGCGACUGUCAUAAACUUCACCAGGGACAGCUUUGCAAGGCCGCUUGCUCAGUGUCAUGGAAUAUGCAGAAGGGUCAGAGACAUACAUACAGGUACAGUACCACUAUCAUUAGCUCCAUGAAAGGAACCAUGUCAGAGGGAAGUCAACUAGCUUUCGACUGUGUGGUCGACAUCGACACACUUCCAGGAUGUCCGGACAUGCUUUUACGCCUGAGAAAUCCACAAAUAAAGCAAAGCUCCCCUAAAAAGGAAAACUCUGUUCUACGCUUGAAAAACAUACGAGAGGCGCUGGAGAAGAAGCCCCUGCGGUUCCUGCUUCAGAGGGGAAAGGUCACAGCCUUGUGCCCGCAGGGAAGCGAGCAGGUGUGGGUUCUGAACAUCAAGAGAGCCAUACUGAGCAUGCUCCAGACCUCCCACUCCGGACGGGUCAGAGAGACCGUGAAAGAGACUGAUAUAUAUGGGACAUGCAUCAGUUCCUAUGAGCUGAAGGGCACUUCACUAGUGAAGAUACGACAUCUGCAGCAAUGCCUCCAGGACAGAGUGAAUGAUUUUUGGCAGAAUUCUGUCCCUCUCAAAGAAGACAGGACAGUGAACGCCAGCCUCAAAUGUACCCAACUCUAUGGCUCAACCAUGAUGGACAAGGUGAACUGCACUGAGACAGUGGUACUUGUACCUCAGUCAGGGUCACUAGAUACGGCCCAGACUAGCACCGUCUCAACCCUGACUCUUUUGAGAACCCUGGAUGGGAUACAAGUAGAUGCAGGGUUGCAUGAUGAAGGUUAUUUGACUGAUUUGGAAUUUGAUAUGGAAGCUGUGAAACCAAGCCAAAGGGGAUCACGCUUGGUUCAGGAGCUUUCUAACACAGUGAGGAAGAUUUGCGCUCAAUCUGCAGACCAGCAACAGCAAUCAGAUCUGUUUCUUAGUCUGGCCCUCCAGUUGAGAACUUUGACUAUCCAGCAGCUGAAUGAAGUCUGGCAAGAAGUGUCCUUCAAAUGCCUUGAUGACUGGCAGCCUUUGCUAGAGGCACUACCAACGUGUGGGUCUGAAGCAUGCAUCCAGUUCAUAACAAAUCUCAUCCUGAACAAGGAGAUUGGUCAGGAUCACAUCAACUCCUUCUUUAGCACUGUCACAUUUGCUUCCCAUCCUACCUCAUCAAUGAUCAGCCAUAUCAGUUCUCUGCUGAAACUUCCUUUGAUUCGUCCAAAGACUUUACUCGCUGUUUCAUCACUUGUCCGCCGCUUCUGCCUAAGGGAACGGACUCCAUGUAUUCAGAUCCCUGAGGUUGAACAGCUUGUGCAGUUUCUGAAGGAGGAUCUAAGACAAAGCUGUGAAGGGCAAGACCCCUUACCAAUGACAGAGCUGCUACAUGUUUUAAAAGCGAUGGAGAACAUAGGUUUGCCUGAUUUCAUUCCUCAAUUGAAAAUUUGUAUUCACAACCACUCUGUACCUGUAGAGCUUCGAUUAGCUGUUGUUCAGGCCUUCAGACACAUCCCAUGCCAUAGAAAGCGAGGAGUUCUUGCUUGGACAUACCAACAGCUUCAAGAAAAUGUGGAGAUUAGGAUUGCUGCAUAUCAGCAGCUUAUGUACUGUCCUGACCAGGAGGUGUUCAGGAUCAUAAAAGAGACCUUAAGCAAUGAAACAUCUACCCAAGUUGGAUCUUUUGUAUGGAGCCAUCUCUUCAACAUCCUUAAAACCGAAGACCCUCUGAAGAAAGACCUAAUGGAGUCACUGCCACAUGACAUCAUCAGUAAAGACUUUGAGGCUGAACCAUGGAAGUAUUCAUCACACAUGGACUUCACAAUGGAUACUGGAGCGGCAAUCCUCAAUACUGAGGGAGCUUUGGUUUUCUCCCCAAUGUCCUUUCUGCCACGUUCAGCAAUGGCCAAUCUGACAGCUUACAUGUUGGGCAGAUCAUUUAAUAUUUUAGAGGUUUCUUUCAGGAUGGAAAAUGCAGAAUCUUUUCUCUUGAGCAUGUUUGAAGGUCAGCGUGCUUCUAUUAAUAAAAGUCCUGUAGAUCAAACACUAUCUACAUCACGUGGGGGAAAAAAGCAGAAAAGAAAUGAGGCCAGGUGGUCUAGCCAACAAGAAAGUGCAAAUCAGAAUGAAGACUGCAAUUCCAACAUCUUAAGUUCUAUCAAGUCAAAGUUCACAGGAAAGAGGAAAAUCCACAAUGAGUUUCAAUGCUGGAUUAAUGUGAAGAUGUUUGGUAAUGAUCUCACAUUCAUGACCUGCAACGAACUGCUUGGCAAAUUGAGAGAGGUCUCACUUAGUGUAACUGGUUUCACUGUGAAGCUUCUGAAGGGACAGGAGGUUAAGUUAAACCACAGGGCAAUUGUGCUGGCAGAAGAACUUGUCUUACCAUCACUUUCAGGGCUGCCCAUCAAGCUGAACAUCAACAUGUCCUCUUUUUAUUCACUCUGGGUGAAGGGUAAUGCUAACUUUAAGGAUUGGUCUCAGUUCUCUUUGGCUGGAUAUGUUAAACCAAAGGCAUUUGUUGACAUCUCAGCAAGAAUGGGAGUAGAUGGAGCUUUUGGUCGAGUCGGACUGGAGUGGGUCACCCAAUUCAGAACAUCCACCACCUUGGAUGGCGGCAUCUAUGUGCACAACGGUCAAAGUCUGAAGACAGUUCUCAACACACCUGAUGAUGUCAUGGACAUUUUGUCUUUUAGUUUCAGAAUGUAUCGCAUAAGUGGAGAAACUAGAGAAGAGCUCACACCAAGAAAUCUGAAAGAGAAGACUACCUGUUCUCCCAAAUCAUGGUCAAAGAUGCUUGGAUGGCAAUUAUGCACUGAUGUCACCUACCCAGUGUUGCUGAUGGGAAAAAGUUUUCCACCUCCUGGCCCAAUGAUCUUUACCUUGAGGCUACAAAAACUGGACAGAGUUCUCCAAAAGUACCUUCUAGAAGCAGCUUAUGCCUUUGUUCCCCAGCAAAACUCCUGGAUUCCACAUGAAGCCAAUAUCCUCAUCUUCCUUGGAACCCCACAAUCCACUAUACCCCGAGAUAUAUCUUUGGACUUCAAUCUCAAUCCUCAGAGGCUAUUUCUUAAAAUUGUUCACCCCCUGAAAUCCAUUCUUAUUCAAGGGCAAUUUGAUGAACUGAAUGGUCAGAGGUCAGGAAAGGCUGAAAUACUAAUAGAUGACAAGUACCAUUAUUAUAUAAAGGGAUUGAUAGAGACUCUGAGUCUUUCAGCAGAAAAGAGAACACUAUACCAACUGGAGGCCAAGUUUGCAGCAGAUGGGCAUCCAGCCAUACUUUCUGCUAAUGUCACACACGGGCUCAACAGGAAGAUCAACAUCUCUGCAAAAUUGAGAAAUGUCUUCAUUAAGGAUGCUUCCUUUUCAGUGCAGAUUGAGCGGAGGCAGGAUGAAGGCAAGAGGCAGUAUUCAGUAGAUGCAGGGCUACUGCUGCCUUACUUACUUAGCACCAGGAUAAUUGGACUACUCGAACACAGGGGCUUGGAGUGGACCUCUGGCUUGAGGAUCAGAUAUGGGGUGCAAGAUGAUUCAGAAAACAUGCAAGAGUGCCACAUAUCUCAAAAACUUAGACAUGAGGUCAAGCCAGUUGAGAAGCACUAUGGCACGACAGUAGAGCAUGAGGUUCAGUGUUCCCACAUGGCAAUAAUCAACCACAGGAUUCAGAUGCAACAUGAAAGGAGCCCCUUUCACAUCCAGUCUUCAUUUGACCUGAGCUAUGGCAAUCACUGGAACCAAGGUAGCAACAAACAAAGAGUCCUGUUGAGUCAGUCCAUCAGGAACCAGUCUGGACAGAGUCUUAACAGUUAUUCUCUAGAGUUUAACUUACGAAUCCCAGACAAAGGACUAAAUUGCAGGACUCAGUUCCUGUACUCCCGCCAGAAAAGAAGGCAGUCUGAGAUGAGCACCCAUCUGAAGGUCAAUUAUAAUGACCAGAUUCCUCUAGUGGCUGGGCUUCAUUGGAAAGAUAUGUCUGCAAAAUCUUCAUUAAGGAAAUGGGAAGGGUCCUUAAACAUGGACACACCAUGGCUGUAUGUCUACACGGCUCAUAAGUUAUCUCAGCUCCAGCAUGGCACUUCCCAGUUCACUUCUGAAAUUACAACCCGUAAGAUGUUUACAAUUAGCAACUUGAUGCUGGAUGGUCUCUACAGGGAGAGGGGCAGAGACAGAGAGGGACACAUAUAUAUAUUCACACCAACAGUCAGCUAUCUGAAGGUUGGUGGCUACAUUACAUCGGGAAAACGUAGAGUUAAUGCCUCAUGUUCUAUGAGUACAGCUUGGAUGCCAAACCUGAGAGGUGAGAUUUCACUGGGGAAUGGAAAAGAGUUAAAGACUCUAGAUAUGAGCACCGGCUAUGGCAAGGAGAACCUCAACAUCUCCGCAAGCCUCAACAUUGUAGAUAAGAAGCUUAAGAAGAAGUUUUUGAUGAUGACUAUAACUCUAUCAGACUUAAACAGUUCUUACCUUGAGCUGGAUAUUGGUGGUAGAGUGGAAGAGAUGAGGAAGGAUGUGAACUUGUAUCAAAAACGAUGGGUACUGCACUUCAGGCAGCCUUUUAAGUUCCUUCCACAAAGUCUACACCUUCAGAAGACAUUCACCAUUGAUCGCUAUAAAGGAAUCUACAUAUUUGAGUCAAAGCUGUUGCUCAGUGACAACAGAAAAGCUAUUCACGUGCUGACUCUUGGAUUUCAACCACAGCAAUUUCAACCAUAUGUGUGCUCCUCCCUGAUUAAUUCCUUUAACUUGAAAAAUAUCCCACAAGACAUGGAAAUUUGCAUUAGCAUCUACAAAAACCAGACAAUGCAACUGCUGCAAGGGAGGAUGCUAAUCGCUAAAAAGGAGAAGGCACUGAUUCUGGGUCAGGUCCAACUUUAUGGUGAAGAUUCUUCUCAGCAAAGUGUUGUAAUCAAAGUCAACUACACUCAGCUGCUACAGUUAAAAAUUCCCUCCUCUGUAACGUCUGAUUUUGAGGUGAUGAAAAGUUACAGGACAAGUAAAGACUUUAAAUACAUCACAAAAGCAAAUGUGGUCAUCGAUGAUAAGGACUAUGAUGCAUAUUUGACACUAGAGAAGACUCCCUCUGGAAUUAUUAGCAGUUCUGUAUAUCUGAGGUCUGAUGGCAAGUUAAAUGCUAUGCUAGCUGUUUCUCUGGCUAAUGCUAUACGAAAGAGCACUCACAUGGUCGACUUCAACCUCAGCUUUCAGCAAACUUUAUUUACGCCGGUCAUAACAGACCUCCACCUUCAUCUCAGUGCAAACGCUUCCUCAGACAGUUUCUUUGUCUUGUGUGCACUGAGGAAGAGUGAUGAGAUGUUUCAGGCUCAGAUAAAUGCAGCCCUAGAGCACAGCCCUAGACUCCGGUUGUCUCUUUUAGGGGACUUGAAUGUCUCAAAGUCUGGCAUUUCAGUCCUGCCACAUGUCUUCAGCUUAGCAGGGCUCCUGGAUCAGGGAAAGGGUCUGACUGAGGGACACUUGACGUUAAUGGCAGACCAUGCUAUAUAUCGUGUGGAGAUGAGACAUGCAACGUCUAGGCUUAAAGAGGAAAUGAAUGGGUCUGAAAGUGCCUGGAUUUGUGUCCUGGCUCAGGAGAAGUCACUCAGCAUGAACAUUAGCAGGAUCUUUAUACAGCAUGGACAGAAUACUCUCCAAGCUCAACUCUAUCACUCUUUUUUGUGGCUGCUCUCCGCGGGAAUCCCAUUUACCACCAGUGCCAUGGUGCAUGUGCAGCAGAGUAAAAGUGGUCUGUCUGCUGAGCUUGUGCUCCAUGCUGGAAACCAAGAUCUGAAGCUCAUGCUGCAGAGAAGACUAUACAAUUCUACAGAAACUCCAGGGCACUUACUGGUGAACUGCAUGGGGAGGAUUGGCUUGGACAACCUGCUGGGCUACUGCUACUCAGAGGUGCUGAAUCAGUCGCUGAGGACAGAGAUACAUGCUAAUCUGUCAGAUUCCAUGCACAUUCUGCAAGAAAACCAAGGAACCAUGUCGUUGCUACUUAAGCUCCUGGGACACCACCUAACGCCCAGCACUGGCCUGGUGGUUAAUGUUCAACACAACAUCUCUUCUCUACAACCUUAUGUUCCAUUUGGGUUUGACACCAAGUCACAGCUGAAUCGAUCAUCUUCUUCGGUUAAGGCAGCAGCAGAGUUAACGAUUGACAAACAGGUGAUGCGUUUUAAAGGACAGGCUUCACAGACAAAGCUCGGAUUCAAGCAAGUGUUCGAGCUUUACCACUCGUUACCUCAGUUGAUUUCAGUUCCCACAAGUCUUUUAGUAAAGACAGGGUAUGUUGGGCACAAUGGAUCACGCAUCCUCACACACCACACACAGUGGAUAGAUGAAAACUCACCUGAUCCUACAGGGCUACAGCAAUGGCAAUCGAGAGAGAUAGAUGAAUUUGGGCCUCAGACUCGGGGAUGGGAGCUGGAGGUGAGACUUGAGAAUGAAAAUCAGGCCAAACAGGCCAAAGUGGUCAUUGACUGGGAUCUGACUGGAGCACAGGAGCAGAUACAAGCUACGGGUUCUUGGAACUCUUCAGGCGGACAGAACGAGGCUGUGCUCGAGCUUAAACAACCUUUUACGUCCGUUCUCAAACACGUACACCUGCAAGUGCUGUCACAUAAACGGGAACUAGGACAUGGCAGGAACAAUCAGCUCCAUUUUUCCUGGGAUCAUGGAACGCCCAUGAAUGUCUCUGUAACAGUAAAUAACCGGAGCCACGAGGACUUCAGCAUGACGCAGGCUUGUUUUUUUGUUUCACCCGGACAGAUGCGGUCAGUUCUCCCUCUUGUGGAAGCCCACGGCUGCGCCUCCAUGGCACAAGAAGGCAAAUGUUCCUUCUCUCAAGGUGCAGAACUCAAGUGGGGGGACAAGAGAAUUCUGCAAAGCAUGAGAUAUCAGAAAACUGACAGAGGAAUGUACACUGUCCAGAUGGAAACUUCAGCCCAGAACAUCUCGCCUGGUCCAUGUUCUUCUCAUACACUCCGGGCUCAGAUACAGUCUAACCUUAAAGAUGUCCUGGAACAUCAUAUCCUUCUAGGGCUCUGUGCGCCACAACCUGCUCUGUCUUGGUCAGGUUCUCACCGAGUGAACCUGGGGAAGGAUUUGCUGUACAGCCACACCAGUGUGUCGCUAUCUGACCAAACCCAGAACUGCGCAUUGGUUUUGGCGCUCAGGAACACCAGCAGUGCUCAACGCAGCCACUACUCCCUGCUCACUGAGUGGAAAAUGGGAAACUGGAGUGUUGAGUUUGGAGGAAAUGUGCAUUCCGCAAGCAGGAACUCUGUGCUGCAGGUUCAGGCGAAAUUUGACCGCAGUGAGCACAUCUGGCUGCAGACCACACUGGGAAAGCGCUGUUUACAAGUUGCUGCUGGAUAUGCCGGUGAUUCUUCUGAUGACCUCCGGAUGACCCUCUGCUUGGAAGGAAACCACUGGUUCACCUUUAAGUCCCAAAGAGGAGGCAGUGGCAUUGAGAAUGAGACAUUAGCACUAAUCUCAAUGGGAGCGGUGGAUCGCGGCCUGGUCUUUCGCGCCAAAGGAUGUGAGGCAUGCUUAGCUGCGACAGAGGCACGACUGCAGCAAUUAGGCAUGCACAUUAAGAAGAGACUGCUGCAGAGAGUCCAAAGGCUGCACCAUCUUCUUCUGGACUUCAGGAGACAGACCGGAGGAAAUGAGCCCAUGCAGGAGCUGAGCCACUCGAUCCUGCACAUGAUGCGCCGAGCUGAAAACCUGCUUCUUCAGAAAGGGCAGAUGCCGUGGGACCUCUGGACGUCUGGGUCUAUCCGUCACGUGUUCACUCACAGCCUGCCCCGAACACUUCAGAUUCUACAGCACAUGUCUCAACUCGUACAACAAGAGCUGAAAAAGCCGCUAGCUACUCUUGCUGGAGCAUACCAUGACGUUGCGGGAAAGCGUCUGGACGUGAUGUGGCACGGCUUACUGGACAUGUGGAGUCGAGAACUGAAGCAGAUGCUGCCUGCAGCUCUUCAUAAUCACCACCUGAGGACGCCAACAAUAACUGCAAUCCGCACCGCCGUCGCCACACUGGACAUGGUCAUGCAGCACACAGUCCAGUGGGCUGAGUCCAGAUUGUCCAUGAUGUUAGUAGGCUUUAGAAGACAGCUUGCUUUCAUUUACAAGUUCUCUGAAAGGGAUGGGGAAGUGACAGUGAGUCUUCCUGUACCACAUAAUCCGUCGACAAAGCGGUCAGUGGUCAGCAUAGCAGAAGCCAUUGUGGAGGAGUUCCUCAUGAAGCCUCUGCUCUCACUUAAUUCAGCCAGCAUCACAGCUGAGCUCUACAGGAUGAAGAGGAAACUGAUGGACAGUCCUUUCAAUCAUCAAUCAAUUCUUGUGGCAGAUGGAUUUGUUGUUUCGUUCGACGGACGAGUCUCGAAUAUACCACGUUCCUGUGACCUUGUCUUAGCUGCUGAUGUCACCAAGAACACAUUUGCAAUCAUUUUAAAAUCUGAUGGAACAGAAAAGCGGCGUUCCCUCACGAUACAACUGCAAAACAGUACCGUUAUGGUCCGUCCAAAAGAACAGCAGAUGGAAGUGGAUUGCCGUAGUGUACACACACCCUUUGUUAAUUCUGAUGUGACUGUGACCAGAGAGCUGAACCUCCUUACAGUGUCUAAUAGAAGAGGAUUACUGGUGACAUGUGACCCCUCUCUAAGCACAUGCAGUGUAACUCUUGAUGGAUGGCUGCAUGGCAGAUCCAGUGGACUUCUCGGAACCAAUGAUAACGAGGUGGGAAAUGACUAUUUAUUGCCAAAUGGCUCACAGGCCCGCAGCAUGGACGAGUUUACGCAAGGAUGGAAUACGGGUUCAAACUGUGCGAGUGCGGAAUCUGAGUCCUGCACGAAUCACACGGCAGCCAACAUGUUCUGUUCGCUUUUCUUCUCCUCCACAAUGUCUCCUCUCAGCUCCUGCUUCAGAGUGGUAGACCCUGAGCAGUUCCUCACCAUAUGUGAAAGGAGCCGGUGUGAUGCUGUAGCUGCUACCAGCAACUCUGUGUGCAAGCUGGCAUUAGCAUAUGUUCAGUUGUGCCACAGAAACUAUAUUCCUCUCGAGUUACCCAGACAGUGCGCAUAAGGAAAGACUUGAAGAAGCUGAAGAAGUUCAAACUAACAAAUAUUUCUAAAUUAUAACCACUUUUAACACUUUCUAAAUGAAUCGCCAUUCGUGGCAUUUCUGACUUCUUCUUUUAACAUCUGCAGUGUGAUGAAGACAAAUUUUCAGGUUUAACAAGCCUCCAAGUGACCUGGACAGCAUGCGAGCGUUGUUUUAACCAAAACCAAAACGCAUAAAAGUUUUAUAUGCUCAAUAAAAAAAAAUGGAGCAAGGUGUGUACCCCAUAUGUCCGAAUAAGCAUGCCUUGUCCUUUUCUUUGGACUUCGUAACCACAGCCAGGAAAAACAAGUUGUAAAAUCUGAAGGAGAAAUAUUCAUUGAACAUCAUAAAAAAAAAAUAAAAAAAAUAAUAAAAAACGUUUUUUUUUAUUUUUUUUUUUUUGAAGCGAACAUCACUGUGAAAAAAUCUUGAUGGAAAUAAAUCUUCCGAUCUUCUGAUUUUUUUCCCCUCCUUUUUUAUAAAGCAUGGCAGAAAACCUUUUUUUUUUUUAUGUUAGCUUCUUUAACCUUUAAUAAAAACCCAACUUAUGGAAGGCCAGCAGCUUCACUCUCCAGUUUAAGAUGCGUUCUAGUUGUUCUCCAUGAGCGUUGAAGUCACUAUUAAAUCUCUACUUCAAAUUUAUAGUACAUUCAUUUUCUUAUUCCUAUAUAAGUAU